CGUACCGGGCUACAAAGCUGCAGCCCGUGGAGGCCAUGCGCCUUGCAUAGCGCGCUGGAGAUCUGCAACCUGAACAAGGUGUACGGCCAGGGAGCCACCAAGGUGCAGGCGCUGUACGAUGUCUCAUUUGCCAUAGAGAGGGGGCAGUUUACACUGGUCGUUGGAAGCUCGGGUUCGGGCAAGUCAACACUGCUGAACAUGAUAGGGCUGCUGGAUCGACCCACCAACGGCCAGGUAUUCAUAGACGGGAUAGACACCGGCCGUCUGAGCGAGUCCGGCAUGUCCAGGUUUAGAAACAAGAAGCUGGGCUUCGUUUUUCAGUUCUCCAACCUUCUGGCAGAUCUUACCGUGCUGGAGAACGUGAUGCUGCCAAGCCAGAUAGGCGGCGCCGGCGCGAGUGGAGCCAAGGAUGCCCUCGAUCUGCUCCGGGCGGUUGGGAUGGAGGAGUAUGCCCACAAGAAGGCCGACGAGAUAUCCGGGGGCCAGGCGCAACGAACCGCCAUCGCCAGGGGACUGGCAAACAACCCCACCAUCGUUCUGGCCGACGAGCCCACCGGCAACCUUGACUCCGUCUCUGCAGAAUCGGUGGUAGACCUUAUGAAGUCGAUAGCCAGAAAGAUGGGUUCCACCUUUGUUGUGGUAACCCACGACAGGGAGCAGUUCGGUGACGUGGAUAGAGUAAUUACCAUCAAGGACGGAAAGGUGGCCAUGGAGAUUCCGGUAUGGUGA